AUUAGAGUUUAGCGUUGUCAAGAUAGUCAGAGAUAAACUCAAACGGAAGAACGAUAAUCCGUGUUAUUACUAUCACUUUAUGGUUAUUACACAUAAGUUGAUGAUAAGUCAAGAGUUAAUUCAGAACAUUUAAUUAUUAAAAAAAUCAAUACUUAUACAACGAGUUUUAUUCUUAUUGUUGUUUCUCAAAAGCAAUCGUCAUGUCGAAAGUGUCAUUUUCAACAUUAGCUUAUUGCAAGAUUGUAGCCCAUGCAGCCAAAUAUCCACAUUGUGAAGUGAACGGGCUACUUAUUGCAGACGCUCCUGCAAAAGGUGACAAGUUAGUGAUCAUUGAUUCCGUUCCCCUGUUUCAUCAAUGUCUUCAUGUAUCACCAAUGUCUGAAAUCGCACUUAUGCAAAUCGAUCAAAUUGCCAACACAUGUAAUAUGUACAUUGCUGGUUAUUAUUUGGCUAACGAAACGUUGGACGAUUUGAGUUACGAUAAACCAGCCCAUAAAAUAAUGGAUAAGAUAGCUGAACACGAGACAGAUAUAUGCAUGGUUGUGAUCAACAAUAGAUUAAUGGAAAUAAAUCAAAAGGAGAACGCUUUAGUAGUACAUAAACAUGAAGAAGGAAAAUGGAAACGUUGUUCCAGUGUGCAAAUAGAAAAUGGUACUUUGGCAGCGGCAUCAGCAAUUCUUCAACAGCAGUCAUAUAAAAGUUUGAUAGAUUACGACAACCAUUUAGACAACUUGUCUUUAGAUUGGUUUAAUACAGAAUUCGCAAAUUUAGUUCAAAGAACUUCAGGACAAGAUACUGGUCGGAUGCUAACAAUUAAUAAAUCAAUUUCUUGACAAUUGCAUUGGGAUGAGGAAAUGAAACAAAUCAAAUUUUGAUAUAUUCAUUUAGAGUAUUAAUUUUUUUAGUUAAAUUCUUAAACAUUUAAAUAUACACAUAUAAUUGUUUGUUUAAAUGUAUCGUUUAUGUUUCCAAUAAUUGUUUUAUUUAAAAUUUUUGUGUAUGAUUUAAUUCUAUAUAAAUUUUAAUCUAAGUAAAAUUUAAAUUUAAGUUAAAAAUAAACUUUAAUUGAGCUAAGAGCUACUAAGUUUUUGAGAUUACACUAAUAGACCAACAUAAUGCAAAGGGCAAUAUCUUGAAAUUGUUUUUAUAGUUUUCUCAGUUCAUGUCAUAUGUGAUGUAUUAAGCGAAAAGAGACUUUUUGUCGGCAUUAUCCAAAAUUGAGUUAGUGCUAAUUACUGAAUGUUGAUUGAUUUUUGAACAAUUUAAGACUCGGUAAAUCUUUGUGGCUAAAAAUUGACUUGAGUUAUUUCUUUUUGAAGUUGGUAAAUAAGAAUACUUUGUUAUCUUAUAACAAAUAUUUUUCUCAAAAUCUAAGUGGCCGACAGAGGUCCCUUUUCGCUUUCUGCUCACAUAUUUAAAUACAUUAUUUUGCAAUUUUUUUUCAAUAAAUUUUGUAUGGGUUUUAAAUAUUGA